UCUCAGUUGGCUCCUUGGCAGUUUUCAUCACACACACAACCCACAUUUGUAUAAGUUAUAGAACAGACUGGAGGCCAAUGUGAACACCUGUACAUACGUAUAUCAAAAAAUUCAACCCAGAAAGCUGAGGAAAUCGAAGGAUGUGGGAGAAACUGGUGAACUGCAUCAAGGGUAAUGGUGGGGCCCAGAAGACAAGCUGCCAGGUUGUCCAACUGGCCGAUCUGAUGAAGCAGGUUCCUCCGAACCAGCUGAAGAUGUUCCAAAUGUUUGCCAAGAAGCACGAGGAGUACAAGGAUCGUGUUCGCAAGUACCCAGAAUCGAUGCCGCCAAUCGACUGGGAGUACUACCGCCAGAAUGUUCGCGAAGAGUUUGUGGAAUGGGUGAAGGGUUACGAGACCAAGUAUGAUAAACUUCACUCCGUCUUCGAGAAUCGACAUGCUAUGGUGGAUCACAAGCGCUACUUCGAAAAAGUGGAUGAAGAAGCGGAAGCAGUGAAGAAGGCUAUAGCAGCAUAUAAGGCUGAAUCGAAUGAAAGAAUCAAAAAGCUUACGGAAAAUCUAGAGUGCUUAAAGGCCAUGCAGCCGUACGAGCAAAUGACCAUGGAAGAAUUUUGCUUUGCCCGUCCUCAUUUGGCACCUGAUUUUAUUAACAAGCCUACUUUCUGGCCCCAUACUCCCGAGGAGCAAUUGCCAGGUCCUUCGGAUCCAGAGGCAGCAGCAGCCUUGCACCACGACCAGGAACCGGAGCCGCCAAAGAAACCAUCCCCGGAGAAACCACCAGAAAAGGCUUCCGAAGAUCCUAAGACUGCAGCAGCUGUGGCUCCGAAGAAACCCUCGGAACCAGUUGUAGACACCACUCAAUUGGCUGAAAAGGCCAGUGGAAUGGCCAAAGAAUUGGUGGCCAAAGCGAUUGUACUGUUCAACAGUCUCAAGGAGAAACUCUCGGGCAUGGCGAAGAAUGUUCAGAAGAAAGCCGAAGCCGCUAAGGCAGCCCGUGCCGAAGCUUCUGGCAAGUCGGUAACUCCCACAUCCACAUCCACAUCCCCAUCCACACCUACAAAGUCACUUGAUAGUAUUAAAGAACGCGAAUCCGGUCCAAAUAUAUGUAACCAGACCAUAAUUCGCAGCGAAGAGGAUGAAGCCAAUCCUGAGGUUAAGGCCAGACAUGCUAAUUUAUCCAUUGAGGCAGAGCCCUGCGAUGCCCAAGAAGAAAGAACCAGGGAGAUAGCCAGGGCUCUAGAAAGAAAGCGUCAAUUAAGGGAGGCAGAAGAAUACGACGAAUACCAAAAGAGCAGGCAAGUCUGUGAACCCAAAGACGAAGAGUCAAUCUGCGAGCCUGAUCCUUGUAAAACUAAAGAGGAGGCCAUCUGCGAACCCGAUCCUUGUAAGCCAAAGGAAGAGGAACUCAUCUGUGAGCCUGAUCCUUGCAAGUCCAAAGAGGAAGAAUCCGUCUGCAAACCAGAUCCUUGCAAGCCAAAGGACGAAGAAGGUGCCUGCGAAGAAGAGGAAGAUCCCUGCAAGGAAAAACCCAAAGAGGAAAAGGACUGCAAAUUCGAUAAGGACAACGAAGUUGGUUUAGAGAAAUCCCAGGAGCAGGAGCAGGUCUUCAUCAACAUAGCCAAGUGCAGCGAAGAUUUGGCCAAGAAGGAAGAAAAUAAAUCAGGUGAACCAGGUAAACCCAAGGAAAAGGCCUCGCUGACUGAGAUAACUCAGGGUUCAGAUCAAAAACCCAUACUGGGCAUGCAGAUAACAGAUUCGAAGGCUGCCAAAAAGGAUCAGAGAGCUAGAAUUGAUGGCGCAGACGAAGUGGGUCCUGUCUAUACAGAUCCCAAACAACUUGCAGAAUUGCUAGCCAAUGAGAAAGAAAAGAAAGAACUUAAGGAAAAAGAGGUGCCUGCAAUAAUCGAAGAUGCCAUUAAACCCGAAGAUGAUAAACCAGUUACAAUCUAUCCCAAACUGGAGAUAUCUGCUAAACCCAAAACCGAAGAUGUAGAUGAGGCCAAGAAGUCUCCCAAGGAUAUGGCCAAGCAGGUGUUCAGCAUGGCCUCGGGAGCUGCUUCUCUACUAACAGAAGCCACCAAUACCCUAGAAGACUUGAAGAAGAAGAAGGAGGAACGUCUUGAGGCCCUGGAACAGGCCUAUACUUCGGCUCAAAGGCAGGCCCAAGGAGCCUUGGCCGAGGCCUCAAAAGCCGUGGAAGCAGCCAACAAAUUGGCCCAGAGAUCUGCCGAAAACACCGGCGAAGUGAGCAGCCGCGACAAAGAGGCCUUGGAAAUGGCCGAAAAGCAUGCUAUUUUGGCCAAAAUGAUGGCCAGUCGUGCCGUGGCCCUAAAAGACGAAAUCGCCCGUGUUCUCAAUGACUUGAAAAAGAAACAGUAAUCCUUACUUCACAGAUUUCUAAAUAAUUUUGUACCACAUUUUGUUUGUUGUAU